CAUUCGUUUUUACUUCAGUUGUAUAUAUAUUUGGUAAUGACCGAAGCAGUUGACCCUGUGCUGAUGGGAACUGCUGUCUACGUGAAAAUGGAGGUUAAGUGAUUAAUCAUGAGCUGGGGAAGAUUGUAGAAUGUUUUUAAUUGAUAGAAUUUACCUAUUAAUCCUGAGGUAUUUGUGUAACUAAGUUGUUGAUUGAUUUUGUUUAAUUUGAUUUGAGUUAUAAGUUCAGUUUAGGAUGGUGGGCAUAGCCCUAUUAGGAUGCUAUUGUAUUUCCCAAUCAGUGAGUGAUUGCAGUUUGGAUUGGAAUGUUUUCAUAUGGGCUAUUUCUCAGUUUGAAUUGCUAUGCCAAUUUAGUAACAGAGACUCUGUUGAAUUGUGAUUCCAUUUUGGCCUACUGGGAUUUAAUGCAUGAUAAAUUCGGUUUUUAGAGGAUUCAUUAUUCAACUCAUGAUUUUAUGUUUUCAAUUGUAUCUUUGGUGAGUCUUCUUUAAGAACAAUUCAAGCUGGUUUUGGCUUUAGACUUACUUGUAUGAUACUACAAUUUAAUGGUGCACUAGGUUUCGGCCCAUUUAACUUUGAAUGAAGACUUAUUUUUAAGUGAUGUAGUGAUAGUUAGAUGAAUAAGUUUAUUUUAAAUAAAAAAGGGACAGGCAGCCCGUUCAGGACGGGCAGCCCGUCAAGGGACGGGACAGGUUAGAUAAAUUGGCCCGUGUUCUGUUACCGGGCUGGUCUGGCCCAGUCUGGAUACAGCAAGGCCAGGAACGGGUUAGGCCAAAACGGAUCGGAUUGAUCCAUUUUUGCCACCUUUCGUCUAAUAUCAAACCCAAAUCUAUGAAUUGUGGUACCACGAUUCUUGUAUCAGUGGCUACACGCUUCAAGCCCUUGUAGCUGUCCCCAAUUUUCUCUCUUAUGAGUGAAUCGUGAAAUGGGUUGGAAAGCUGCUGAAAAACUCAUUAGGCACUGGAAAGUUCUCAGAGGGGAUAAUGUUAUGAUAAUAAGAGGCAAAGAUAAGGGUGAGACUGGGACUAUUAAGCGUGUUAUUCGCUCUCAGAAUCGUGUCAUUGUUGAGGGUAAAAAUCUGGUGAAGAAGCAUAUUAAGCAAGGGCAAGGCCAUGAAGGGGGCAUCUUUGCUGUUGAAGCCCCAAUCCAUGCCUCCAACGUUCAAGUUCUUGACCCAGUGACCGGGAAGCCUUGCAAGGUUGGGGUUAAAUAUCUUGAAGAUGGUACUAAAGUCAGAGUAUCCAGAGGAAUAGGAGCAUCUGAGUCUAUAAUCCCUCGUCCUGAGAUCUUAAAGAUAAGAACUACCCCAAGACCUACACUCCUUGGUCCUAAAGAUACUCCAAUGGAUCUUGUGCUAGAGAAGACUUACGAUGCUAAAACAGGAAGGGGAAUGCCUGAGCUUUAAGGAUAUUAUGUACCUUAUUCAAAUUAGUGAGUUGCUAUGACGUUGAACAAGAUAUGGAAAGAAUUUGUCACAUGUUUUGUUUACCGUGAUUUUGUGGAAUUGCUUUCAAAUUUACUGGUUUAGCCUGUGAUUUACUGAUAGCGAAAAAAAAUUAAUAAUUAUUUUUAUCCUUUUCUAUUCAA